UCUCUUCCCCUCCCUUCUCCCUCACUACCUGGGAGCGGCGGCGCCGGAGGCGCACCAACAUCCUAUGGCUCCGGCAGCCCCCGGACCCCACGGGAGGACGGGCGCGCCCCUAGACCCCCUAGGGUGGAACCCUCGACGCCGGGGUGCACUGCCUCUGCCCUUGCUGCUGCUUUUGCUGGCCCUUUGGUGUUCAGCUCCUGUUGGCUGUAUCCAGGUCACGGUGUCCAACCCCUUCCAAGUGGUCAUCCUAUUCCAGCCUGUGACCCUUCCCUGCUCCUACCAGCUGUCAGGGGUGCCCACCCUACCCAUCGUCGUCUGGAAAUAUAAGUCCUUCUGCCGAAAUCGCAUCACUGAUGCCUUUUCUCCAGCCAGUGCUGACAGCCAGCUCAAUGCCCAGCUUGCCGCUGGCAACCCAGGCUACAAUCCCUAUGUGGAGUGUCAGGACAGUGUCCGAACUGUAAGGGUAGUGGCCACAAAGCAGGGGAAUGCUGUGACUCUGGGCGAUUUCUACCAAGGGAGAAGGAUCACCAUUACUGGGAAUGCUGACCUGACUUUUGAUCAGACUGCCUGGGGAGACAGUGGUGUCUACUACUGCUCUGUGAUCUCUGCCCAGGACCUCCAAGGCAAUAAUGAGGCUUAUGCUGAGCUCAUCGUCCUUGGCAGGACCUCAGGGGUGGCUGAACUCUUACCAGACUUUCAGAUAGGGCCCAUGGAAGACUGGCUCUUUGUGGUUGUCGUUGGCUUGGCUGCCUUCUUGGUCUUCCUCCUUCUGGGCAUCUGCUGGUGCCAGUGCUGCCCUCACACAUGUUGCUGCUAUGUUCGAUGUCCUUGCUGCCCGGAAAAGUGCUGCUGCCCCGAGGCCUUGUAUGCUGCUGGAAAAGCUGCCACCUCAGGGGUCCCAAGCAUUUAUGCCCCCAGUGUCUUUGCACCCAGCACCUAUGCUCACCUCUCUCCAGCCAAGGCUCCUUCUCCUCCACCCAUGAUCCCACUGGGUCCUGUCUACAAUGAUUUUGACCGGCAGAGCUCAGUGGGUGGCCACAGCUCCCAAGUCCCCCUUCUUCGUGACACAGAUAGUGUCAGAAACUCAGAAGUACGAAGUGGUUAUCGAAUCCAAGCCAACCAGCAGGAUGACUCAAUGAAGGUGUUGUACUACAUGGAGAAAGAGCUUGCCAACUUUGACCCUUCCCGGCCUGGCUUGCCCAAUGGCCGUGUGGAGAGGGCCAUGAGUGAAGUGACUUCCCUUCACGAAGAUGACUGGCGUGCUCGGCCUCACCGAGGCCCUGCCCUCACCCCCAUUCAGGAUGAGGAUUUGGACUAUCACUCCAGGAGUCCAGGAGGAUGGGGCCGAGAACGUCCCCACGAUCGGUAUGGAGAACGUCCCCAUGAUCCGUAUGGAGACUGGGGAGCUGGGCGUCCCCGAGCUCGUUCUGUGGAUGCCCUGGAUGACUUGGCUAGACCCAGCUCCGUUGAAUCAGGAAGGACAUCCCCUUCAGAAAGGAGCCGGAGCAAGGCUUAUGCACCUCUCCGAAGCCGUAGCAGAGAUGACCUCUACUCCAGAUCUGGGGACCCCCACUAUGAAGACUUCAGGUCCAGGGGCAGAGCCCUGGAUGACUCCCGAAGGGACCCUCAUGAGAACCACAGACGGUCCAGAGACCCAGAGUAUGAUGGGAGAUUUUUGGAAGAGGUGAUGAGAAAAAAGGGGGUAGGGGAGAGGAGGAGACCCUACAGAGAGGAGGAAGAAGAACCCUAUUACCCCCCAGCUCCACCACCAUACACUGAAACUGACUCCCAGGCUUCCAGAGAGAGGAAGCUUCGGAAGAACCUAGCCCUGAGCCGGGAAAGCCUGGUGGUCUAACUCGAUGAGGUGCUCAUCACUUUUGUAGUUUUUGUAUGUUUUGUAAGGUGUGUUGGGGGUGGGGGGGGUUACUUCUAUUUCUGCUCAAUAAAGUUUUUAAUCACUUGG